AUGGGCCUGACAACAGAAGUUAUGAAGAACACGGCCGGUGUUCUUGUUGUCGUAGGCAGUGGUGGAAUAGGACUCGCCAUUGCUCGCCGCAUGGGAAGUGGGCACCACAUUGUACUCGCGGACUUCUCAGAAAGGCAGCUUGAGACGUCGGCGCAGGCGCUGCGGGAAGAAGGGCAAAUCGUGGACACAGUGCAAACAGACGUUAGUAACAUGGAAUCAGUCCAGAAUCUUGUGCAGCAUGUGGCAAAGAUUGAUUCCAUCCGUGCGAUCGCUCAUACUGCGGGCCUGUCGCCAGUACAGGCCUCGGCAGACCAAAUCUACCAGGUUGACCUGCUGGGAGCGGCACAAGUGAUCGAAGGAUUUUAUCCCUAUGUGACAGCCGGAACGGCAAUGGUCGUUAUUUCUAGUAUUGCCGGACAUGGAAAGCAUAGUGAAGUUUCUCCGGAGUUCGAGAAACAUCUGGCUAUCGCUCCAUCAAAUGAGCUCCUUCUGCGCCCAGAAUUCGAUACUAGCACAGACAACUCAGAUGAAGCUGCAAAGGAAUACGUCAGCCGAAUGAUAGCUUAUUCGGUCUCGAAGAGAGCCAACAUCGUCCGUGUUCAAGCUGCAGCAAGCGCAUGGGAGAUAGCAGGCCCAAUUGGAGGACCUGCUAUUAAAGAGGCCAUUUCUAGAAUCCCUGCGAAGAGAAUUGGAAGCCCAAUCGAGAUUGCCAAUGUAGUAGCUUUUCUGUCGUCUCCAGAGGCGAGCUUCAUCACCGGCAACGAUAUCAUAGUCGAUGGCGGAUGGGUCUCGUCAGACAAAUGGGCAGAAGCUACAUUGGCUGCUGUGAAGUAA